AUGGCCGAUUCAACUGAUGCCUUGUCUUCACCUACUGUUACUCCUACCAAAGGAACAAAGCGCGAAGCUGAAUUGGAUGAUGUAAGUCCAACAAAAUUAAAAUCCUUAAAAGCUGCACGUAAUGGUACUAAUGGUGAUGGACCAAUAGUCGAUGAAGAAUCAUCUAACCAUAAAAAUGGUGAUGUUAAUUUACAUGACGACGACGACGAUGAUGAUGAUGACGAUGUAGCCGGUGACGACCAAGAUGCUGAUGACUAUGAUGAAGAAGAUGGUUCUGAUGAAGAUUUUGAGGAAGAUGACACUGGAGAAAACGGCGAAGACGAUGAAGGUGACUCCAAAGCUUCUGCUGGUAAAUCAAAUCCUCGAAGAGCCGCAGCUGGUGCAUCAGAUGCUAAUGGAAGUGCUGACGAGGACGAUGAUGAAGAUGAUGAUGAUGAACAGGAAUAG